AUGUCGCUCUCGUCGAAGCGUCGCCGAAUUAUUCUUCCCGCGCCCGGUGCCCAGCCCUCCGGUUCUCUCCCACCUACACCGGCGAUCGCAGCAGCAGCGGCGGCGGCGGCCCAUCAACCCUCCGCCUCUGGACGUGGAACGGGCGGACAGGCGAUCAACAACGAUGAGUCCUCGAGCAAGGCUUCGAACACCGAGGCCAGGAGUCAGAGUGUCGAGUCCUCAGAUGAUCCGAAGCCGCGUGCUGUUGCGUCAAAGCGACAGGUCAUUGCCGUUGCUUGCGACAACUGUCGACGGAGAAAGGCCAAGUGCGAUGGCCAACGCCCGAAAUGCCAGCACUGCUCCAAGCGAGGCGUCGACUGCCACUACGAGGCGAACCAGGGCGAGACGGUGAGUCUCGCCCUCAAACGCAAGGCCAACGUCUUGGAGGUAGAAAACGCCCAGUACAGAGACCUCUUCCGUAUGGUCUGCACCAAGACCGAGGACGAGGCAAAGGAAAUUUUCCGCCGCAUCCGAGUCUCGGGCGAUCCCCUCAGAGUUUUGGAGUCCAUCCGCCAGGCAGAAAUUCUGCUCCCCACGCCAUCGACGAAUGAUCGGUUACACGACUCGAGACUGGCCAAGAUCAACGAAAAAGCCCUCGAGAACAGCCCCAUCCGCGUGCCCGCCAAACCAUGGACCACUGUGGUAGACGAUGGUCUAGUGUCGGAGCUCAUCGCCGAUUUCUUCACCUGGGACAACGUGAGCUGUUUCCCGGCCAUCGAGCAAACUGUGUUUGUCGACGACAUGCGAGCCGGCAGCAUCAAGCAAGCCAAGUGGUGCUCGCCCGUCCUCGUCAAUGCUAUUUGUGCAGUUCGCGCACCAUUCCUCGAGAGCGCCAAACAGUUCAGUGCCAUCACUGGCAGAGACCUCUCUAGAAUGUUCCGGGAGGAGGUUAUGCAGCUGCUGGAAAAAAGUCAUGGACGCGCCACAAUACCCACCAUCCUGGCACUCGUACUCGUCGACUGGUCGGCCAGCAUCGCCGGAGACGAGUCCGGCGCCAAGAUGUAUCGCUUUAUGGCCUGGGAGCGGUACAAGCGCUUCAAACCCGAGCGGCGGUUCGCCAUGCUCAACAAAGACGACCCGGCCGAUGCUGUCGAGAUGUUGUGCAUUUCAAGGGCAGUAUGGGCCAUCUUCUUCAUGGAAAGUCGAAUUUCGUAUUUCUACAACUCAGUCGCCGAUAUCCCCCCACCUUCAAUACCAAGAUUAUUCGACAACCACGGCAGAGACGCCAUCGAGCCAAGAGGCAACGUUGAUGUCCUCGGACGGCCGCACCUGGCAUCAACGAAUCAGAUACCCAUCGUGCCGGGCAUGGCCACUGUCGUGUCAGACCUCGCCUGUUUACAAUACGACAUCAUGCAGUACCUCACUUCCGGCAGCACCAUAAAGGGCAGCAUAGAAGACGUCAGGAGGAAGAAGCACUGGUAUUGCAGGUUGCAGGAGUUCAGGGAGGCCUUGCCCAGCCGUUUCCACGCCGAUAUUAACUUCACUCCCGCGACCUGCUUCCUCAGGAUGCACGAGAACGAAAUCGCAUACGUUCUUCUGCAGUCCCUCCACCCAUCAACAAAGUUCGAUACCCCCUUUACGACACCUACCACUACCGUGAAAUCUCUCUGCCUGCAGCACUGCAUAUCCGACACGACCAUUGCAGAAGCAUACUUACAACGAUACAUCACCCACUCCUACAUUACCCGCCAAGUCUUUGUGGCUACGCAAAACCUGAUGCCGUUUCUCAACGACAACCACGCCGCCACGAGUGACCUGUUCACGCGCCUCUGCAUCAUCGGCGGCCUCUCUGCCCGUGUUGUUCGCAUGUCCAUGUACCUUCUGCAGGCGCUUCAAGCCAUGGCGUGGGCGAUGAAGUUGGAUAUACCCGCCGAAGCGAAGCAGUAUCUUGACCCAUGGGUGAAGUUGGCGAUCCAGGAGAGCGAGACGAGGCCCCCAAGCUACGCCGUGCCGGAUCGCGAAGAAAUCAAAGCGCUUCUGGCAGAUGAUGACCAGAGUGAAGGAGGGGCCAGGGAAAGCGGCGCCGAACUUUGGGCUCUGGUCGAGAAGUGGGCUGUCAGUGGCGGCAAAGUUCCUUGA